GCGGCGGCCGGCCCUGAGGAAAAGCCGCAGCAGCCGCCGCUGCCUCCUAAGGAGAACCCCUGGACCAAAAAGCCUCUUCAGCACCUGUCCCCCGCCGGGUCGGGGCCGCCGCCGCCCCCACUGGAACCAGAGCCCGGUUCCCCACAAAUUAUAAAAGCAGGAAAACUUAGGACAAAGAAAUCCAGCAAGGCUAGUGAUUUCAGCGAUAUGGCGAAUUGGCCAACACCAAGUGAAUUAGUGAACACUGGAUGUCAGAGCAUUAUCAACCAAGGAAAUAAGAAGCCACAAAAUAAAAAAGAAAGAGACGACAAAGUUGAAAAGAGAUGUAACAGCGAGAGCAAAGAAAGCCGGGAAACAAAAUUAGAUGGUCCUGGUGAAAAUAUCAGUGAGGAUGAGGCUCAGUCAAAUAUUCAACGAAAGAGAGCUAACAAGCACAAGUGGGUGCCACUCCACUUAGAUGAUGUAAGACCAGAGAGUCAAGAAAGACCAGGAUCCCGGAACAGUUCAAAAUGUCUGCCUGAAGCAAAUAAAUCAUCACAUAACAAUAGGAGAAAUGAUACACAAAGUUGGAGGCGUGAUAGAGAAAAGAGAGAUGAUCAAGAUGAAGUUUCCAGUGUGAGAAGUGAGGGUGGUAAUAUCCGAGGUUCCUUUAGAGGCCGAGGAAGAGGACGCGGACGGGGAAGAGGACGAGGCAGAGGAAAUCCUCGAUUGAAUUUUGAUUAUUCGUAUGGUUAUCGAGACCCUGGUGAAAGGACUGAUCAACCAUUUCAAACAGAACUUAAUACCAGUAUGAUGUAUUACUACGAUGACGGUACAGGAGUACAGGUCUACCCUGUGGAAGAAGCAUUGCUUAAAGAGUAUAUUAAACGCCAAAUUGAAUAUUACUUCAGUACAGAAAAUUUGGAACGGGACUUUUUUCUUAGGAGAAAGAUGGAUGAACAAGGUUUCUUGCCUAUUUCUCUGAUUGCUGGUUUCCACCGUGUGCAGGCUCUUACUACAAACCUUAAUCUCAUUUUAGAGGCACUGAAAGAUAGCACAGAAGUGGAAAUUGUGGACGAGAAAAUGAGAAAAAAGAUAGAACCAGAAAAAUGGCCAAUUCCAGGCCCUCCGCGUAGGGUGCCACAAACAGACUUCUCUCAACUGAUUGAUUGCCCAGAGUUCGUACCAGGCCAAGCUUUUUAUUCACAUACAGAGUCCGCCCCAAAUUCUCCAAGAAUUGGAAGUCCACUGAACCCAAAGAAAAUUACUGAAACAAGUAUUCUUCAAGCAAUGUCUAGAGGUUUGUCUACCAGUUUGCCUGACUUCGACUCAGAACCUUGGAUAGAAGUAAAAAAGAGACAUCGUCCAUCCCCAGUGAAAUUGAAGGAAUCAGCAUCUCUACCUGAAGAGGCAUCAAAUCAACUAAAUCUUCCAGAUGAACAAGAACAAGAAGAACUUGAUUUUUUAUUUGAUGAAGAGAUGGAAAAAAUAGGACAAAAAAACACAUUUACUGAUUGGUCUGAUAAUGAUUCAGAUUAUGAAAUUGAUGACCAGGAUUUAAACAAGAUUUUGAUAGUGACUCAGACACCACCUUACAUGAGAAAACAUCCUGGAGGAGAUCGAACAGGCAGCCACGUGUCUCGGGCAAAAAUUACAUCUGAACUUGCUAAAGUUAUUAAUGAUGGCUUAUAUUAUUAUGAACAGGAUCUAUGGAUGGAAGAUGAAAACGUACACACAGCCAUAAAGGUGAAAAUAAUAAGGCCUUUUCUCAUAAAAAGGAAUAAAAACUGAAGUUAUGGACAGGCUUAGUGUAUAUGCUCAUUCCUUAUUUGGCUAUAAUCACCCCAGCUAUGUGAGCAGGGCUUCAGAGCAGGGUUACUUUUGUUGCCCGCUUCCACCCUUCUAACCUUAGUCUAUGAUGCGUGUUCUGUGGUAGUGGAACUGGUUGUGGACGAGUAUAAAAGAUUUAACUGGCUGAUUGUAUCACCUGGUCCAAUCAUUGCUAUUGCGCUGGGGAUUCUGUUUGAAGCCAUGUUCCAAUUUUUUAUCUUUUUGCAUUCUGCUGUACACCCUGGUACUUUAUUCUAGUUAUUAAAGUAAAAUAUGAGAGUGCCAGGGUAGUUCGCUGGCCAUCUGCAUUCUUGUGAUAGGAAUUUUUAUGAUAUAGGUAAGGAUUAAAAGAGAUCUUUUUCUGCCAUUAAAUUCAUCAGAAAACCCCCAAAAGUUAAAUACUUGUUUCAAGACUAGAAUAAGGAGGGAAAAGUUGUAUAACUAUAAUAUGCCGAAUAGGAAAGAGAUCUUAGUUAGAAAUAUACACUUGUAGGAAGAAAAGCUGGCCACUUAGUAGUUGAAUAGAUGGGAGUAGGUGCACAUUGAGAUUCAUAUCCUCGACAAGAAUUAUACUUUCCUUUUUGGCUCUUCAUUUUUUUUUUUUUUUUCCUGGAAUUUCCAUCACUGCUUUCAUCCUCUUCUCUAGCCACUGGUUUUUUGGAGACUCUGCCUCAGGGUAUGGUAGCUUGUCAGUGAGUGAGAGCCUGAGUAGUUCUCUGUCCUGCUGCUGUGGGAAACAAAGUAUUUUUAUAAAGUUUCUUCGUUGAAAAUCUUUCCUUGUAUGAGCAUUAUUACUUUGUGAUUCUUAAGUUCUGUAAGUAAUAUCUAACUUCUUUUUUGGAACAGAAAAAGGUAGAAAUAAAUUCAAGUAAUAAUAGGUUAUACGUUGAAAUAGCCCUCCCUCCAUUCCCUAUCCCUCUACCUUCCUUUAUUCUUUACCAUCUGCCAUUCUGUAUAUUGCAUUUGUUUUCUGUUUUAAUCGCAUAUAAGAUCUAUGAGGAUUGGAAUUUUUGUCUUAUUUGCACACUACUGUAUCUCCAGUGCUAGAACAGUUCCUGGCACAAAGUAGUGCUCAGUUCAUAUUUGUUAAAAUGGACAAAUGAAUUAUGGAUUAAACAUUAUGAACUAACCAAUUAACUUGGACAAAAUAACCACUGUGAAUUAUAUUGGUACUGUGGGAAAAUGUUUUCAGAGUUCUAAAUAAUGGACUUUCAGGCUUCCUUGAGAAAUAUGCUAUUUGUAGGCAAUUAUUUGUUUGCUCUAAAGUGAACACAACAGUAAUUAAAGGCCAUGUAUUGAGUUAAUUAAAAACUAGCAUCUGCUUUACCCAUGAUAAUAUUAGGGGAAAAUAAUCUUGGCUAUAUGGCUCUCAGCAUUUUAGGUCUGUUCAUAAGUAUGUCUUCUUUUAGACUGAUCCCUACAUACAUUCUUAUCUAACUUAAUUCCUCUUAUUUCUAAUUCUGUCCUUAACAUGUAAUAUCUAAUGAGAAUUUUACUUUUCCUGUGGGUCUGCUUAAAGGAAAAGAAGCCAACCAUCUAAUGUUUAUUGAAUUCCUACUAUGUGCCAGACACUGUGCUAGAUCCUGGGCAUGGAAUGGGAAGAUGGUAGGGUCUCUACAUGCCUGAUUCUUAACAAAUAAUUGAGAAAGCAGACAUUAAAAUAAACUCACAGCAAGAACUUAAUUACAAAUUAUGAUACUGGAUUGGGUUACCUGUGAGAAAGUCACAAUUACGGUGAGAUCGGAAAUAUGAGUAAGAAUGAAACAUGCGAAGAGCUGGUAAACCAUAUUUGAGGAAGAGGGAAAAGCAGGUGUCAAAGAACUGAUGGUAGAGAAUUUGGUAUGUUUGAGGAAAUGGAAAAAGCUUGUUCAUACAACAUUAUAUAAGAGGACAGUUAUGGAUAUGUAGGUAGGAGUCUGAUCAUAUAAUGUUUUGUGGGCCAUGUUAAAUCGUUUGGCAUUUAUCUAAAGUUCAAAUACAGCACAUUGAAGUCUUUUACACAGGCAACAGGGCAUGAUCUAAUUUUUAUUUUUAAAAGAUCACUCAGAUUAGUUUGGUGGUGGAUGGAUUAGAUGGGACAAGAGUGACGGAAAAAUCCAGUUGAGAAGCUAUUAAAGUCGUCCAAGAGAUGGAUAUCGGUAAUGUAAGGUGACAGGAAAUACAGAAAUGAGAAGAUCUAGAUCUGAGCCCUGAGGAACGAUCGUUUAAGAGUUGUAUAGGAAAGUGGUGUGUAGAAGCCAAGAACUGGUUUCAAGAGGACAGAAUAGUCAAUUGUGUGAGAAACUUGACAGACUUAGAUAUAAAUGAAAAGAAUGCCAAAUUGAUAGGAUAGUUUGGUGAUCAUUUCUGACUUUGCAAAACGAGUUUUGCUGGAUCCAGAAGCUAUGUUGACCUGCACCAAGAUUGAGUAUAGUCACUCUGUUUUUGGCAUGUCCUUACUGCUGAAGAUAAUUAAAAUGACCUGUUAAUAGAUGAGAAAAUGUCUACUUAAAAUCCUUGGAGAUCUACGAGGUAAGUUAUUAUCAGAAUAAAACCAUAGAGAAGUGGAGUAUUAAAACCAGUUUUGCCCUGGAGACCAUUUUGGAACUUGGGGAGUUUGAGGAGUUCACCUUUGCAAAAGCCACCUAAAUUAUAGGGGUAAAAGACAUAAACAUAGGGGCCAGCCACAGUUAGGUAUUCCACAAGAAGUCCUUUUUCCAUUAAACUGGUACUCAAAAGAAAUAUACUCUCCAUGAAAGAAAACUUAACUUGCUUUCUCAUCUAUUCCUCUAGAGGACUACAAAGAUUAUUUCCCCAGUUGUGCUUUGUAGAAUAAGGAGGGGAAAAAAUUGGCUUAGAAGUUAUAAUCACGCAACCAAAAUUCACACUAUCUGGGUGACUAAAGUAACCACUAGUCAUAAAUUGAAAGUGAUCGUUGCCUGUUAAUUUUCCAGAAACUUAGCAGAAGCAAAUGUAGUUCUUUUGUGAAGACAUUCCACCUUUAUAGUAGACCUCAAAGAAUUUACUCAAAUUGUUUUAUAAGGAAAAUGAGUAGCUUGUAUAAUUUAACAUCUAGUAGAUUUUAUUAUAUAAAGCUUUUUUGUUUCUGAAAAAGGUAAAAAGCAAGAAAGAAAUGAGAAAUAUAUAGAGUGAUAAACAUGAUCUAAGAUAGACAUUUAAUUGGAGUUUCAGAAGAAAAGGAGAAGGAAAAUGGGGCACACUCACUAUUUUAAGAGGUAAUAGCUAGGACCUUUUCCGUACUGAGGAGAGGUAUCAGAGUAGAGCAGCCACGGUAAAAGGCCAGUUACUUUCAAGGACAGAGGAAUGGCUGGACAGCUAAAUGCCGACUUCCCACCAGUAACAGUUGAAUGCAACAAUGGAAUGAUAGUGUUAUUAUACCAAGGGAAAAUAACUACCAACUUAUAAUUGCAUGCCUUGCAAAAAUAUCUUUCAAGUAAGAGGGUGAAAUAUAAGCUUCGUCAAACGUAAUUCCUAAGCUAGUAUAAAAGUAAUUCCAGAUGCCAGAGAUAUAGAAAGAACUGCCAAGCAAAAGCAAGUGAUAAAUACUUGAAUAAAUCUAAAUAAAUAUUAACUGUAUAAAACAAUAACUGUGGCUUACAGAUUUAAUAUAACAUUAACAGUUUGAGAGCUAUAAGUGAAUAGUAUUAAAAGGUACUUUUUAGUCUUGAAAGAUUAGUUUUUUUUAAGUUUUCAUGUUGCAAUUUGAAAGAUACCCAUUUAAAAAUAAAACUAGUGGGAACAACCUAAUUAGGAAAAAAGGGAAGAGAGAAUAAGACAAGAGAAAACGGGAAAGGGGGCCUCCAGCGCAAAAAUGAGGUGGUAGGUUUAAACUCAAAUAUUUAAGUAGCAAAAGUGAAUACAUAUUGUCAAAGUGUAUGUAAGUAAGUGCAAGCAGUGUUACUUAUAUGUGACAUCAAAAUAAACAAAAAAAAUAAGCAAAAACAUUGAAAGGAAAAGAUUGGGAAAGUGCAUACCAUAAAGUAGUAUCAAACCAAAAUCAAUAUCCUAACUGGCAUCUUUGCAGAAAUUGGAAAGCUGAUCUGUAGUUUAUGGAAAUUAAGGAAGGGACCCAGAAUAGCUAAAAGUCUCUUGAAAAAGAAAAAUAGUUGAAGGAUUUAUACAUAGUCUUUACUUAUGCCAGCACUGGUAUAAAGAUAGACAUACAGAUCAGUGGAAAAUAAUUGAAAGUCUAGAAGUAAACCCAUGUAUCUGUGGUCAGCUGACUCUUGGGAAAAGUGCCCAAAUCAUUCAAUAGGGAAACAGUAGUCUUGGGACAAGUAAAUAUCCACAUGUAAAAGGAUAAGUUAGAUGCCACCCGGACUUACCAUGUACAAAAAUUGAGUUAAACACUUAAAUAUAGAGCAAAAUCUAUAGAACUUUUGCAGGAUAACAUGAAAGAAAAUCUUAAUGAAUAUGCAUUUGGCAGUGGUUACAACAGCACUAGCAACAAAAGAAAAAAAAAUAGAAUGUAAUCAAAACUUUAAAAUUUUGUACUGCAGAAGACACCACAGAGAAAGUGAAAGGACAGUAAAAACAAUACCAUUUAUAUUACCACCCCAAAAAGUGAGGCACUGAGGUAUACAUUUAAGAAAAUAUGUUCAAGAUCUAUGUGAUGAAUACUAUAACUGAUGGAAAAAAUCGGAAGAACUAAAUGACAGCUAUUCCAUUUAGAAAGUCUCAUUGUCAGUUCUUCCCAACUUGAUCUACAGAUUCAGUGCAAUUCCAAUUAAGAUUCCAGGAUUUAUUUUGUGGAUAUCAACCAACCGAUUCUAAAAUUUAUAUGAUGAGGCAAAAGACCUAGAAUAGCCAAUACAGUAUUGAAGGAGAAGAACAGAGAACUGAUCCUAUCCAAUUUCAAAGUUACUGUAAAGCUGCAGUGAUCAAGACAGAGUGUACUGGUAGAAGAAUAGACAAAUAGGUCAAUGGAACAAAAUAGAGGGCCUAGAAAUAGACCUUCGAAUAUAUAGUAAAUUGAUCUGUGACAAAGGAGCAAAGAUAAUACAAUGGAGAAAAUAUAGUUUUUUCAACAAAUGGUGAUGGAACAACUGGACAUUUACAUGCAAAAAUACAAAUCCAGAUGUAGACCUUACAUUUUUUUACAAAAAUCAUCCAAAAAUGGAUUACAAAACUAGAUGCAAAACACAAAGCUAUUAAACUCCUAAAAGAUAAUAUAGGAAAAAACCUAGGUGAUCCUGGUUCGGGUGAUGACUUUUUAGAUAAGACACCAAAAUCAAGAUCCAUGACUGAAAAAAAA